UGCAGGCCCACGCGUGGCCGCGAGGAAGCCGCAUCCCCUUUCCCUGGAGAACCCGGGUCCCCUCAAGCGUUGUCAUCGUGCGUGUCAGUGUCUGCCUCCCGCGCUGGUUUGUGAGCCCCUCCAAGCUCGGGGCUGCGUCUUAGGGAUCCUUUUAUAUGUCGCCCCAGAAGUGGUCUUUUUCCUUUUACUGCUCUCUGUGAAUCGUUUCAACCCUCUUCCGAUGGGACGAUUCGCCUUUCUUUCGUCGUUCGGUGGACGACCGCUUUUUCUGGCAUCCUUUUUUGUUCCUUCGCCCCUGCCCAGAACUGAUACCCCUGAGAAGGGGCAAGGGAGGUGUCAGUGAAAAGCCAGAGGAGGAUCGCUUUAAGGAGUCUUUAUAAUUUACUGGCACUUAACACUCCAGAAACUUAGUGUCGCGGGGAGAAAGGAUGUAUGGAUAACCAAACGUGAUACAAGUAAGAACAUGAUAAGGGUGUCCUCGCCUAAGGUGGUCUGUAUCCUGAUCAUCCAGGAGAUGGUCUGUAUCCUGAUCAUCCAGGACUCCAGAGAGAAAGGAGUCCGCUUAGCAUCAAUGAAGUAAAGAAGAUCUUAGACAAGUUUUACAAGAGGAAAGAAAUUCAGAAACUGGGUGCUGAUCAUGGACUCGAUGCUCGUCUCUUCCAUCAAGCAUUCAUAAGCUUUAGAAAUUAUAUCAUGCAAUCUCAUUCCCUGGAUGUGGACAUUCACAUUAUUUUGAAUGAUAUUUGCUUCAGUGCAGCUCAUGUGGAUGACUUAUUUCCAUUUUUCUUGAGACAUGCAAAACAGAUAUUUCCUGUGUUGGAAUGUAAGGACGAUCUACGUAAGAUCAGUGACUUAAGAAUACCACCUAACUGGUACCCAGAAGCCAGAGCCAUACAGCGGAAGAUAAUAUUCCAUUCAGGCCCCACAAACAGUGGAAAGACUUAUCAUGCAAUCCAGAAGUACUUGUCAGCAAAAUCUGGAGUGUAUUGUGGCCCUUUAAAAUUAUUGGCACAUGAGAUCUUCGAAAAGAGUAAUGCUGCUGGCGUGCCGUGUGACUUGGUAACAGGUGAAGAGCGUGUGACCGUGGAGCCAGACGGGAAACAGGCUGCCCAUGUUGCUUGUACAGUUGAGAUGUGCAGUGUUACAACUCCUUAUGAAGUGGCUGUGAUUGAUGAAAUUCAAAUGAUUAAAGAUCCAGCCAGAGGAUGGGCCUGGACCAGAGCACUUCUAGGACUCUGUGCUGAAGAAGUCCAUUUGUGUGGAGAAUCUGCUGCCAUUGACCUGGUUACUGAGCUCAUGUACACGACGGGAGAGGAAGUGGAGGUUCGAAACUAUAAGAGGCUUACCCCUAUUUCUGUGCUGGAUCAUGCACUAGAAUCAUUAGACAACCUUCGGCCUGGGGAUUGCAUUGUCUGUUUUAGCAAGAAUGAUAUUUAUUCUGUGAGUCGACAGAUUGAAAUCCGGGGAUUGGAAUCAGCUGUUAUAUAUGGCAGUCUCCCACCUGGGACCAAACUUGCUCAAGCAAAAAAGUUUAAUGAUCCUGAUGAUCCAUGCAAAAUCUUGGUUGCUACAGAUGCAAUUGGCAUGGGACUUAAUUUGAGCAUAAGAAGAAUUAUUUUUUACUCCCUUAUAAAACCCACUAUCAAUGAAAAGGGAGAGAAGGAAAUAGAACCAAUUACCACCUCUCAGGCCUUACAGAUUGCUGGCAGAGCUGGCCGAUUCAGUUCAAAAUAUAAAGAAGGAGAAGUGACAACAAUGAAUCGAGAAGAUCUCAAUUUACUAAAAGAAAUUUUGAACAGGCCUGUGGAUCCCAUAAAGGCAGCUGGCCUUCAUCCAACUGCGGAACAGAUUGAAAUGUUUGCCUACCAUCUCCCUGAUACAACACUUUCUAAUCUCAUUGAUAUUUUUGUAGACUUUUCACAAGUUGAUGGGCAAUAUUUUGUCUGCAAUAUGGAUGAUUUUAAAUUUUCUGCAGAGUUGAUCCAGCAUAUUCCAUUAAGUCUACGAGUGAGGUAUGUUUUCUGCACAGCUCCUAUCAACAAGAAGCAGCCUUUUGUCUGCUCUUCGUUGUUACAGUUUGCCAGGCAGUAUAGCAGGAAUGAGCCACUGACCUUCUCGUGGUUACGCCGAUAUAUUAAAUGGCCAUUACUUCCACCUAAGAAUAUUAAAGACCUCAUGGAUUUAGAAGCUGUCCAUGAUGUCUUGGAUCUUUACCUUUGGCUAAGCUACCGGUUUAUAGAUAUGUUUCCAGAUGCCAGCCUCAUUCGAGAUCUCCAGAAAGAACUAGAUGGCAUUAUCCAAGAUGGUGUACACAACAUCACCAAACUGAUUAAAAUUUCAGAGUCACAUAAGCUGUUGAACUUGGAGAGCUUGUCGGCAGAGAACCGGUCCCGAUUGUCAGGAACUUUAAAGAGCCAAGCUAGAAGGGUGCGCGGCACCAAAACUGUAGGGAGUAAAGCUGCUGAGCCACCUGUCCCCAGUGGAGGAGAGAAAUCCCUUGCUUCCAGACUGGUGCAGCAAGGACUCCUCACUGCAGACAUGCUGAAACAGCUAGAAAAGGAGUGGCUGACACAACGAACUGAUGGCAAAGAAAGAACAGAGCCUGGGACUUACUCAAAAGGGACAAGAAGAAAGAAGAAGGAACCUGAUUCAGAUUAGUUUUAUUUUAUUUUUAUUUUUGCCAAUAAAAAUCUAUUUUAAAAUCC